UUUUUUAUUUACACCUUUUAUAGAUUUUAUCCUCGUAUUCUUUUCUCUUCUCUUUCGCUGCCGCCGCCGCAUUAUUUACUUUAUUAUUUUUAUUCUAUAUACCAUUGCAUUUACCUUAUAUAUUCCUCAAUUCAUAUUACUCUCACCAACGCACUCGCAAAAAUAUAAAAAAAUGGGCAACGCCAUGGGAAAACAGCAGUCGGAGCAGGGACUCGGGCUUCACAAGUUUCGGCUACUGCGAGUCAUUGGCCGUGGGUCUUUCGGAAAAGUACGCAUAGUUGAGCACCGGGAAACGGGCAAGGCUUACGCCCUCAAAUACAUCAACAAGGCAACCUGCAUCAAUAUGAAGUCUCACCAUAACACAAUCCGCGAGCGCGACAUGCUUGAGGAAAUAGACCACCCGUUUAUAGUCAACCUGCGCUUCUCGUUCCAGGACGAGUUCACCAUGUAUGUGGUCAUGGACCUGAUGAUUGGCGGCGACCUGCGGUUCCAUAUGCUGCGCCGCCGCUUUGUCGAGGGCGUUGUCAAGUUCUGGAUGGCUGAGCUGGUCUGUGCCAUUAACCACCUGCAUCGGAAUCACCACAUUGUGCAUCGCGAUAUCAAGCCGGACAACAUUCUGAUUGAUGACCGCGGCCACGCAGCCCUGACUGACUUUAACAUUGCCACCCGAAUAAAGGGCACGGUGCCGCACUACUCGGUUGCCGGCACCGCCAACUACAUGGCUCCUGAGGUCGUCGGGGGCACAGGGUACACAUACUCGGUUGACUGGUGGUCGCUCGGCGUUGUCAUGUACGAGUGCAUCUACGGAAAGCGGCCAUUCCGCCACAAGAAGAGCAACGAGGAGCUGAAGCUCGCCCUGCUGUACGAGGAGAUCCAGUUCCCCAUUGUCGCCGACGUGCAGAUCAGCUACGAUUGCAUUUCGGCUAUGCGUGGCUUCUUGAACAAGGAACCGAACGAGCGCCUUGGCUGCGGGCCUGGUGGCUUUGAGGCGAUCAAGAACCACCCGUUUUUCUCGUCCAUCAACUGGACGCUGCUCGAGGCCAAGCAGCUCGACCCGCCCUUUGCGCCGAGUAACAGCCAGUCCAACUUUGACAUCUCGAUCGAUCUCGAGGAGAUGCUGUUGGAGCCCGAGCCGCUCGAUCCGCGAAAGCGCAGCGCCAUGAAGAAGCACAAGACCCCACCGGAACACAGCACUCCCGAGUACUUUGACAUUGAGGAAAACUUUUCGGCAUUUGACUAUAUUGAGUACGAUCGAUUCAAGAGCUACAUUGUCGCGCACGGCUCGAUUGACACUUUUGCCGUCGAUGCCGCUCGCGCGAUGGCCUCGGUCAACCAGCGCACCAGCGCGUCAACAGAGAACGGCUCUGCUCCGCCGCCGCUCUCACAGCUCAAACUGAAUGGCCGCUCAAUAAUAAAUCUUGACCCGAGGGCCGCGACACCGACGCCCACGGCCUCGAUAAGCGGAACGCGCACUCGCAGCCGCAACUCUACUGUCACACAGAUGGCUCCGCCCAAUCACUCGCGUUGUGCCAGCAGGGAUGUGAACAACGCGCAGCAGCCACAGCUCUCGCCGAGCGCCAUGCAGUCGCGGUACACCACACAGAGCAACUCCAGCACUAGCAUUCUGACAACCAUAACAUCGCUGCCAACUGCGAACCAACAGACUACACACUCGCCCACGUCGGCAGCGCUGCUGACCGCGAUGACCACGACCAAUGCACCGGGCACUCUAGAGCCCCCAAGCUCUGUGCCCAUUGACAUCCUGACGUGGAAUCAGCUGCUGCCAGAGCAGCGGUUAUUGGCCCAUCGCUACUGCGUGAAGAUGGCCCACGACCACCGACGCCUGGUCACCAUAUCUGAGCGCAAGGCCCGAGGAAUCGCCGGGUCCCAGUUGACCAUGUCUCCCAUGCUGCGCACGGCUGUAAAUACAACCGUGCCUGGCCACCGCUACACUCCUUCGGGAUCCGUGCUGCUGUCGCAGAACGCGUCAAAAUCGCGUGUGCCGAUGUUUUCACAGAGCAUCCAGCCCACAGUCAACGAAACAGAAUACUCUUGCAGAAGCGAAGUUGUUGCGGACACGCCGACUAUCUCGGACACGCCGAAUGUUUUGAACAGAGCGGCUGUCCCAGACAAAGUAGUUGUCACAGACACCAUGGCCGCUGCAGAUACAGUCUCCCUUGCAGAACCGAGUGUGCGCACUAUCGCCAAGGCAGCAGAGACCAGCGGCGUUCUGCUGACGUCCAACGAGAAGCGCAAGAGCCUGAUGAAGCGCCAGCACAGUGUUGACAACCUGUCUUUGGCCAAAUCCGGGCUGCCGCGGAAAAACGGCGGCAAAGCAGGGCCGCAGCGCAUAAUAAUUAAGUACGCACAGCAGGGCCAGCAGCAGCAGUACCAGGAGCUCGAUAUGUGCUUCUCUAGUUCGUCGAUCACUUCCAUGCAGUUUCCGCCGUUACCCGAGAUGAUGAAAACUAGCAACUCUACUAUUAAUUGCUCUACUAGCCAUGCUGCAUAUGCCAGCCCUGUAGACCAGAGCGAGCUUUAUCUCUAUCAGCCCUUGCCGCCGCCACCAUUGAUGUCGCCGCCACCGAUGCCCGCCAUGCCGCUUCCCGACACGCCACUGACCUCUUCAGCCUUGGUGUUGCCCAUGGUGUCGAUGUUGUCGGAUAGCUCUUACAAACUUCACAUGCCCGCACACAUGCUUGACAUCCGAACAGCACCAGCAACAGCACCAAUUUCAUCAUCAUCCUCAUCUUCGCCCUACAACCUCAUAUAACCAGUUUUGUUAAUGCGCAUAGUCAUUACUUUUUAAAAAAUGACAAAAAUUUUACUACUUUAUUUUUAUUUGUGCCGUGGAAGGAUAUCACAUGGGAACUAAUAUACAAUAUUGAUAUUUUGC